UCAAGUUUUAUUCAUUUGAAGGACUCUUCAUGGCACAUUUAUAUCCUUUCAAGCAAAGUCAAAUCUAAAGAAAAUUUUGAACCAAUGCUUAUGUAUUAAUAGCCCUGUUUUGCAUUUCACUUGAUUCCUCCAAAAAAUCGACUAAUAUACCUACCGAAAAAACAUCCUUAAAGAUAUGGACAAGCUGACAUUUAUCGUCCUUUUCAUCAUAUCCUUGCUUUUAGCCCCCAUCGAAAGUUUGGACAGAGAUUUCCCGGAUGGGCUCGAUUUUUUAGCCGAGCACGUUGAUUUGGACGUGCAGGAUCAUUUAUGGGAUGACGAUUUUGAAUCUGAGCCCUUAGAUUAUUCAAGCUAUGUUGGUAAGAUUCUUGUAAAUGUGGAUUCAUUUGGUGCUGUUGGGGAUGGUUUGACUGAUGACACUCAGGCCUUUGUGAAUGCAUGGGGAGUGGCUUGCUCUGCAUCAAACUCUGUUCUGUUGGUUCCCGAAAAUCGUAUUUAUUUAGUGAGCGCGAUAAGGUUUAAAGGGCCUUGUGCCGGCAAGUUAACGAUCCAGAUAGAUGGGAAGAUUGUGGCUCCUGAUGACCCGAAAGCUUGGGAUCCCAAAAAUCCGAGAACUUGGCUCGGUUUUUACAAUCUCAGCAAAGCCAGUUUUGAAGGGCUUGGUGUUAUUGAUGGCUCAGGCAGCAAAUGGUGGGCAAAUUCAUGCAAGAGAAACAAAAGCAAUGCCUUAACCAUAGAAUCGAGCUCGGCCGUAAAAGUGAAAGGCCUCACGAUCCAAAACGGACAACAGAUGAACUUUAUCAUAUCCAAAUCCGAUUCUGUUCGUGUCUCGGAUGUUCUAGUCUCGGCUCCUGGAGACAGUCCCAACACAGAUGGAAUUCACAUAAGCGCAUCAACAAAUGUCAUUCUCCGAAACUGCAAAAUCGGAACAGGGGACGAUUGUGUGUCAAUUGUUUCCGGCAGCUCGGGUAUCAAGAUGAAGAACAUAUACUGUGGGCCCGGCCAUGGAAUCAGCAUAGGUAGCCUCGGAAAGGAUAACUCGACCGGUAUAGUUGAGAAUGUCGUACUCGAAACAGCUUUCAUUCAGAAUGCGACAAACGGGCUUCGGAUCAAAACUUGGCAGGGAGGUAACGGUCACGUGACGAACGUAAAGUAUCAAAAUGUGGUCAUGGAGGAGGUCUCGAAUCCCAUCAUCAUCGACCAAUUCUACUGCGACUCGCCAAAAUCUUGUAAAAAUCAGACUUCGGCUCUGGAAAUAAGCAACAUCGUGUACCGUGACAUAACCGGGACAUCAACGACAAAACGGGCCAUAACAUUUUCUUGCAGUGAUACAGUCCCGUGCACUGGCAUACUACUCAAAGACAUCGACUUGCAGGGGACAAAUGGCUCGGUCGAGACCUAUUGCCACUCGGUUUAUGGGUACGAACGAGGGCUCGUUCAGCCCUCGGCUGAUUGCCUUUUGCCACCCAACGGUAAAGAUACGGUUAGCUUACAGAGAGAUGAAGCUAAUGAUGGUGGUGAUGAGGGAAGUCAUAUCAUCCAUACAGAGCUGUGAAGAAGCCUGCGAAAAGCAUUAUAGUUAGCAGAUGUGAGAAUGUAAAAUAUGUUUGUAACAAUUAUGUUUUGAGAUGCAUACACAAAUGUAGUAAAAUGAUAUAACAUACAUAUAUGAAUUGUGAUGCAUUUUAUAUUUACUGAUACAUGAUAAAUUUUGCUUUAUGUCAUACUAUUUUAUUCAAUAAUUU